UUGAUUCAUUGAUAAACAGAGCCACCAAUGGUUUUCAUUGCCACAAGGGUAAGACGACUUCGAACUUCAAACAGUGACGAGUAUAAAAGAUUUCAAUCCUCAGAGUCAAGUCAUCAGUCAAAAGCGAACAGGUUUUGAGGAUGAAAACCGUGACAUCUGUUGCUUUAGUGGCGCUCCUGGCCAAUGCUGUGGUGGCCCAGCCUCCGUUCUUAGCCAAAUUAAGUGGAGGCCCCCCUUCAUUUCUCCGUGAUGGACUCAUCAAGUUCUUGGAGAGAGUCAACACGGCUUGCGAAGGUUCCGAAUUGAAAACUUGCAAAUGUCUGACCGAUCAGGAGCACAUUGGCAUUUUCAAGACCGUCAAGGAAGUUCAAGAAUGUAAACCGACCAUCUGUAAUUGCGCAGAUGGCUCUAGGAUCUCACCCGCUGUCCCUGAAUUUCUGAGGAAUAAGUCCAACAACAACUUGCACCCGCUUGCCAUCUCCCUUAAGGAGAAAUUCAAAGAAAGGGCAUCAGUCAUCCUUAGAAUUUGCAAUGGAGAUCUGCCCGAAAAAUGCCCUUGUGAUGAGGAUGAGCAGGAACCCAUAAUCCCUCCCUUUGUCACACCUGAGGCUGUUCACAAGUGUAAUCCCAGUAAAUGUGUUUGCGAUAAUGGAGACGAAGUGGACUUGCCCCGGACCGAAAUCCGGUCAAAACUCACCGAACAUAUUGCGGCCGUCAAAGCACUCUGUAACGGGGAAACGCCCGAAACUUGCACUUGCAGUAAUAAUGAUAAGAUCGACUUCGAAGACCUCAUAAAAUCGACUCAAAAUCUUUUGGAUUGCUUACCCGAGAUUUGCACAUGUACUGAUGGAACUGACCUAUCUGUACCCACUAUUGAACCUCCACCAUUCGCCCAAAAAAUGUUAAAGCGCCUCCACCAAAAGAUCAACACCAUUUGUCCUGGUGAAUUACCUGCGCAGACUUGUCAGUGUUCCAAUGACAAAUCCGGCAUUGACAGUCUAGACGAUUUUGGCAAGACCAGGGAUAUCCUUCGCUGUCGUCCCAAUGCUUGCACCUGCGCGGAUGGAUCCUCUGUGGAGGUCGAGCAACCUGAGGCUCCCAAGUUCAUGAAAGAACUGGUUGAGAAGUACACAGGUGAGCUGAACACUCUUUGCGAAGGUGAGAUGCCAAACAAGUGUUCUUGUUCUGGAACGGAUUUGGAAGAUAUUGAGGGACCCUUCCAGGGCGGUCUGGCCUUAUUUAUGUGCCAAGUUAUGGAAUGCACGUGCGCAAAUGGCGAAACGGUUAAACCGGAACUUCCUCAACUUCCCUUCUUUGACUCCGUAUCCUCGUUUGUGGCCAAAAUCGAACCUCAAAGCAUCUUGAAUAAAUUGGUGGGUUCCAUCUGUCCAGUGGAAGGUACUGAUAUUCAAAAGUGCACCUGUCAAGACGAUUCCGUCGUGCCUGCACCUUUCAACCCUCCCAAGAUGAUCCAAUGCCAGCCCAAGCAAUGCAAGUGCCAAGACCAAGAUGGGAACGUAGAGUUGAUUGAUAUGGAAGACCUGACUCAAAAUCCUUUGGCCCCUUUUAAGCAAAUUUCUCAGAUCUGCAACGGAGCGGAGCCCAUUUCAUGUCAAUGCAGCAAAGACAACAAGAAGAUAUCCCCGCCAUUUUCAAAUUUCAUGGAGAUCGCGCUAGCAUGCGCUCCUGAGGUAUGCCUGUGUGAGGAUCAAACCACACCCAAAGUGGAGAUCCCUGCGUUCCUCAAAGCUUUGGUGGAAAGAGUCAGAGAAGGAGCCGACCCUUCCGGAGCAUUGGACAAGUUCCAAGAACUCUGUGGCGGAGAAGCCCCCACCAAACUCACAUGCCAGGAUGACUCUGUUGCGGAAAUGUCCCUAGCGCUCCCUAUCAUCAUGUUUCAAUGCAGACCGAAACUGUACCAAUGCUCAGAAGGGGGGGAAAUGCUCCCCCUUCAAUUGUUUGGUUGUGAAAAUGGUGGGCUCCCUGGAUGUGGAAUUGGUGACUUCGAUUUGUCUUGCGGCAAUGAGCUCCAAAUCACCCUUCUGAGCAUCCUCAAAGCCCACACCUCGGACUCUUGUGUUUGUGAGGAUGGCAGAGCUCCACUCUGUAUCAAUAACAACGAGCCUCCCAAAUGUCCCAAUGGAGAAGCUGUUCAAUUAGAGAUUGGACAACCUCCUGCAUUCUUAAAGAAAUGUAGGGCUUAAUGAGCCCCAAUUAUGCCUCAAACUAUAUCAACUCAAUCUACCGACCCUGACCAAUACCAAUCAUUGCCAAUGGGCAACAAAAACAAUAACUUGGAUGAAGUGUGAACACGUGCAGAUUUCCAUACCAGUUCCAAUUAUUCCCCCUGAAAGCAGACCCCUCACUUCAUCCAUCAUGCGCUGGGCUGUCCACAAGUUGUUACCAGACAAAUACAACAUUGUCUGUAGAUC